CUUCACUCACUCAUCCCCAAAGCAAAGCCUCAUAGAAAGAAAGAGAGACGGAAAAAAAGGGGGAGAGAAAAAAAUGAUGUUGAAGGAAGAGUGUGUCAGUGUAGAUGGUGUAAGUAACAAUUGGGCUCGCGUGUGUGACUUAUGCCGAUUCGCAUCGUCCUCAGUGUACUGCCUAGCGGACUCGGCCUACUUGUGCACUUGGUGCGAUGCCCGUGUCCAUGUGGAGUCACACCACAAGCGCGUGCGGGUGUGCGCCGCGUGCGAGCGCGCUCCAGCAGCCGUCCUGUGCAAGGCCGACGCGGCGUCGCUUUGCACCGUGUGUGACAAAGACAUACACUCCGCCAACCCAUUAGCACACCGCCACCACCGUGUCCCGGUUCAGCCCAUCUCUGGCUGCCUAUUCGGCCCACCAGCCACCGACGGGUCAGCAACCAAUGACCUGGACUGCAGCUUCUUAGCCGAAGAGACCGAGGAAACCAUAGAUGAAGAAGAUGAAGAUGAAGCAGCUUCAUGGUUGUUGCUUAACCCUAUUAAGAACAACCACCGCUAUCAAAAUAAUAGUGGGUCAUUGUUUGGUGAUCAAUAUUUGGAUCUUGUUGACUAUAACCCAUGUCAAGAUAAUCAGUUCUCUGAUCGAUAUAUUGAUCAGCAGCAACAGUACAGUGUUCCUCAGAAGAGCUAUGGAGGUGAUAGGGUUGUCCCGGUUCAGUGUGGAGAUCAAGGAAAGAACCAGCCGCAAAUCCACACUAGUUUUCAGUUUGGGAUGGACUAUGAUCAGACCUCAAAAUCUGCGUCUACUUACCAUACUUCAAUUGGUCACAGUGUCUCUCCUUCAUCGAUGGAUGUUGGUGUCGUACCUGAACCUGAACCUACAAUGAGCGAUGUCUCAAUCUCUCACCCAAGACCUUCCAAAGGAACAAUUGACCUUUUCACGAAUACUCCCACUCAGAUGCCUCCUCAAAAUACUCCGAUGGACAGGGAAGCCAGAGUCCUAAGGUACAGAGAGAAGAAGAAGAUGAGGAAGUUUGAGAAGACAAUCAGGUAUGCCUCGAGGAAGGCCUACGCAGAAACCAGACCCCGGAUCAAGGGUCGGUUUGCAAAGAGAACAAAUGUAGAAGUUGAAGAGGAGCAGAUGCUAUCCACAACACUAAUGGUAGAACACGGAUAUGGCAUUGUUCCGUCAUUCUAAAUCCGAAUACAAGAGAGGAAAAAGAAGAAGAAUCUUCAUAUGAGAAUUUUGCUUCUUUUAACUAGUGCUACUGCUAAUAUGUACCUCUCUCAAUCUAAUUGUUUUUUCAAAUGAUUAGUAAUAUAUAUAUUUAUAUAUAUAUGCUUAGUAGUUUUGUAUCUUGAUAACUCUGGUUCUCUUGUAAAUACAUGUCAGGACUUGACAUUUAUUAUGUGCAACGAUAAUUCCCCUUCUGAGUC